AACAUUUCGGUACGGCAAGUGAAGUUUUCGUCUCCUAAUUUCCCCCACUUUUUUGGAGUUUACAUUUAUUUUCUGGAAUACCAACAAUAUGAAGUUCGCAGUUGCCUUCUGCCUGCUGCUGGCCGCCAGCUGCAGCGCCUCGUUGACCAGCGAGGACAAAUAUCUGAGUAAUCUUUUGGGUCUGCAGCAAAAGGCUAUGCGCAACUUGAUCUCUUCGACUGCCAUCUCCAACGAUCCAGACGUGAUUAACAAUUGCUUCAGCAACUAUCUCAACGAUCAGACGAACACUCUGACCACCUACAACCGGGAAUACAAUCUAUGCGUAGACACAGCUUCAGAUUCUCGUGAUGAAGUGACCUCUCAGAGUCAGACUCAACGUACCGAUCUGCAGGAUCGCAGCACAAAUAUGUGCGCUGACCUUUCGUCCUGUGACCACAUUUACGAUGGUCUCGAAUUCUUCUUGUGCUACAGGGAUGCGUCCAUCAACAGCUACAAACAAAUGUUCACCUUGAACAGCGAUGCCAACGCCCGUUACAACAACAUUAAGGCCGCCUAUGAUACGAUCAAUGUCAAGGAAGUCGAUUGUACGGACACUGCUCGCUUGUCUUAUGCUUCGAAUUUGGAAAAGUGCGAUUCCGAUUUCAACGCCUGUGUGACCGUCCCAACUGUUCCACCAACUGUUGCUCCAACUGUUACUCCAACUGUAGCACCUACUGUGGCUCCGACUGUUGCUCCGACUGUUGCCCCAACUGUGGCUCCGACUGUUGCCCCAACUGUGGCUCCGACUGUUGCCCCAACCGUUGCUCCCACUGUGGCACCAACCGUUGCUCCAACCGUAGCCCCAACAGUUGCACCAACUGAUGCACCAACUGCUGCUCCAACUGUGGGUCCAACCGUUGCACCAACCGUUGCACCAACCGUUGCACCAACUGUUGCCCCAACUGUUGCACCAACUGUUGCCCCAACCGUUGCACCAACUGUUGCCCCAACUGUUGCCCCAACUGUUGCCCCAACCGUUGCACCAACCGUUGCACCAACCGUUGCACCAACCGUUGAACCAACUGUUGCCCCAACUGUUGCACCAACCGUUGCACCAACCGUUGCACCAACUGUUGCCCCAACUGUUGCACCAACCGUUGCACCAACCGUUGCACCAACCGUUGCACCAACUGAUGCCCCGACAGUUGCACCAACCGUUGCACCAACUGUGGCUCCAACUGUGGCACCAACUGAGGGUCCAACUAAUGCCCCCGUUACCGAGCCUCCAGUCACUGAGCCUCCAGUUACCGAGCCUCCAGUUACCGAGCCCCCAGUUACCAAUGCCCCAACUGAAGCGGAGCCAACAACUGAGCAAGCUCCCGAAGAAGAUCUAAAGAUCAUGCCGCUGUCUUUCACGAGCAGACUGCAGAAGAUGUUCCACCUCUUCUAAAAAAAAAGCUUUUACGAUAAAAGCUCAAAACAUUUAAAAAAGAAAAGCAAACUUUAACAAUCGAUGCUAUGAAAAUACAUUUAUAACUGUUGCAUACUUGUGGGGUUCAAUUAAAAAAGGUUAUUGGGCAAACAAUCUAUCUUAUCGCAAAU